AUGGUAGGACGUGGGUACCCAGAGUUGUGCCGGGGAGAGGGGUCAAGCCCAAGCAGGGACGAGCGGGAAGUGGUGGCGCAACCAGAGCCGCCGCUAGGAGAACAUGGCGGGGGAGUGAGGCGAGCCACCAGCAGCUCCCGGUGUUGUUACCCGGGUGCGCCCCGCCCACUUCCGCCCCCGCGCCAACCGCCGCGCGCGGACGGCGCCAGCACCGCCCCUCUCCGCCGCGCCCCGCCAAUCGCGGCGGAGCGGCGGCCUCUCUGCCCUCGCUCCAGCCAAUCGAAAGCGACACAAACACUCGGGGCCACGCCCCCUGGGGGCCGCCCAAUCCGGGCAGGCCCGCCCCCGGUCUCCGAGUCACGGGCUCGCAGUGCGCGGCGGGCAGGCGGCGCCCACCGGCCAAUCGGGAUCCGCGCGAACCGCCGAGGCCACACCUCCCCGGGCCCCUCAGCCAAUCGCGGGAGACGUAAACAGGCGUCGGCGCGCCCCCGGAGGGCGGGGGCAGCGGGCGGGCACGCGUAGCUCGCCAUGGAGGAGCCGGGCCCGGCCGCCGCGCCGCCGGAGGGGCGGGGGCGGGACGAGCGGAGCCUGGAGGCGCUCAGCCUGGCCGGCGGCGGAGGGGCGGCGGUGGCGGGCCGGCAGCUGUCGGAGGGGCGGCGGGCGACGCUGGCGAGCGCCCUGGAACUGGAGGGGACGGUGCUGCGCGAGGGGCGCCUCACCCAGUUCGUGGCCAACAACCUGGAGCGGCGGAUCCGGCUGAGCGGCGCCCCGCGGGGCGAGCCUGCGGCGGGGGGCGGCGGGUCCUCCAUCCCCGCCAUCGACCCCGGGGCGCUGCAGGACGUGGUGGCCCUGGCCGGGCAGGUGGCGGCGCAGGUGGACGAGCUGCUGCGGAACGUGCACUGCGGGCUGCAGGCGCUGACGGCGCUCAGCGUCGGCUGCAUCCAGACCUACCGCGACGGCGUGGAGAGCCUGGGCGAGGCGGCCGACCUCAGCAUCCGCGCCAUGUACGCGCUGGUGGCGCGCUGCGAGGAGCUGGACCGCGCCAUGCAGCCCGUGCCCGCCCUGGCCAAGCGCAUCCGGGACAUGAAGGGCACGCUGGAGCGGCUGGAGGGGCUCUGCAAGUAGCUGCUCCCGCCGCCGCUGCUGCCGUGCCGGCAGCGGGGCCUGGGGCCGCUGCUGCCGCUCCGGCGGCCCCGCGGCUCGCGGUGUCCGCGGCUCCCGCCUGCACAUCCUCGCUCGCUCUCCCCGUGCGGGACUUGCCGGCAGCAGUGGCCAGAUCGCCUGUGUUGGUCCGGACGAAGGGAGAUUUUUGCGGCGGACGAAGGAGAAAGUCCCGGUUGAAAACCGCGGGGUACAUGGCAGAUGGUGCUUUUUAGCUUCAGCUCCAUUAAAGAAUUUGGAUUCCACAUGCCUUACGCUUUCUAUUUAUUGAGGGCUAAGAGAAACUAAUGAGUCUUGAUUAAAAGUAGCUCUUAAUUUUUUUUUUUUAAUCAAAGUCAAAAUUCUUUUGAGUACCUGCUUGAUGCUUACAGGCAUCUGUGCUUAUUUGUAGUUGAUUUGGAGUCUGAAGAGUAAUUCUCUCACCUAUGUUUUCACAGCAAAUAAACUCACUGAACACCCUGUUUCUUACAGGACACAGUGUUAAGAUAAGAGUAAGUUUAAUACAUAUAGCAAAAACACUUGUUUUCUGAGAAGAGUAUAAAGUCCAUGGAAGAUAAUUGAGAUUCAGAUAAGAACUAAUCAUAAGCAAAGUUCCAAAUAAAUGCUUUCAGAUGAAAUGUGCUUUGCCUCUAUUAAUCUUUACAGUUUUCACGGUGUAAAAGUUUAAAUGGCAUCACUGUGAAAUGAUCCUGUUAUUUUGUAGUUUGCUUUUUUGUUUUUUUGGGGUUUUUUUUCUUUCCAGUUGGGAAAAUAUUUAAUUACAUGAGGAAUACAAGUACAUGAUGACAUUAUGUGGGUGUAUGAUUGACAUAAAAUGACUGCUUUGGAAUAAUUUGUGUAACUUGAGGCUUUUGUAUAUGCAUCACAGUGUGCAGAAGUGGUUUUGCUAUAUCAGGGAGUGUUUCCUCUGAGACCUGAAAGCUGAAUUCUCUGCUUGCUGAUGUUCUUAUUAAAAAGCCUCUUCGGUGAUGCUCUUAGCAAUCUGUUUAGGUCGCAGAUGUCCCUGUAACAAAAUUUCAGCAGAAAAAUGAUCAAUAGUCUUAUGUAAGUGUAAUAGUGCUUUUGGUGACCAGGGGCUCAUAAAAACACUGGAAUGAAGGUAGCCAGAAAUACUGCUCUAGUCCUGUGCCUGUGGUUGAGGAGCAGACAGGUUUACGAUGGGCAGAACUGCUACCCCACCGUAGUUCCUCAGAAAUGCCAGGUGAGGGAUGGACACUGUGAUACCCUGUGCUUCUGCAUGCAGACAAUACUGAAUUAUAACAAAAUCAUUCAUGUUUGUGCCACCCUGCUUUGCACGAUGCCAGUCUCUGGCCUGUUUUGAGCCCCUCGGCGUGGCCAUGUCUUUCCCCCGGCACAGGGGAGUGUUUCAUGUGUGGCCUUGUAGCCCUAGCAACGGGAUGAGACUGGAAUUGGGCUGUGCCCAGGUAGGGCUCUCUCUGCCAUUGUGUGCUGGGGAAUAGCUGUGGCUCCAGGAGGGGACCAGAGACCUAACAGAAGUUAGGGGGAAGAAAAAGAACUGAACUGCUGCUGCAUCCCAUGGGCCUAGAAGACUAAAGAUUGCUUAAUACCACAGCAGCAGCAGCAGCUGCACUUUUAAUAGUUUUGUUAUUCCUGGGAAAGUUUGAACUCGUCUAUUAUGCAGAUGCAGUAGUUUUGCUAAGUGUGUUUGGUUUACGCCAAGAGCGAACACCAAAGGUUGAUCUUGCACAAUUUGUGAGCACUGUUGAAAUGUACAGGAAAGACUUGCAAGCUUAUUUGUGUAGCCACAUAUGUACAGCUACUCUUCACUCACACAAGCCAAGGUGAAGCCUUUAAAGUGUUUCAGUACACUCUUGGGUUUUGAUAGUCUUUCAUUUGCAGUCAUCUUCAUUCAAUGCUAAUUCCCUACUAAAAUUGUUGAGUCUGUAGAAUAAAGUUAUUACUUUUAUGUUUUUAA